UUCAGAACUGAAAGAGAAAACUUGAAUCAAAAUUCUCUUAUUUCAUCACUCUUCUCUUAGUUAAGAUUUUCAGCAAAAUUAUGAUGACUCCUUACUUUGUCGCACUAUUUCAUCUGCUUUUAUUGUAUUCCUUUGUGUUUUCAGUUGGAUUCAAGGAAUCACGUAAAAGUGGUGAAAGCAACUGCAGAAAGAAUGAGAGACAAGCACUCCUCAACUUCAAACAAAGCCUCACAGUUGACUAUGGCAGACUGUCUACAUGGACUGAUCAUCAAAAUAAUACAGAUUGCUGCAAUUGGGAAGGCAUUCAAUGCAACCAUCAAACUGGUCAUGUCAUUCUACUUGAUCUUAGUUGUCUGGAUACACAUUAUUUAACAGGUGCAAUCAAUCUCACUUCAUUGGUUCCCUUGCAAUACAUUCAACAUCUAGACCUCAGCAAUAAUUAUUUUAUGUUGACUCACAUCCCCCAAUCCAUUGGCUCUUUCACCAACUUACAAUAUCUCAAUCUCUCAUUUUCUGCAUUCAGUGGGAGGAUUCCUUUCCAACUUGGAAAUCUUUCACUACUAAAGUAUCUAGACCUUGGAACAAAUAUACUUNUUGGACCAGUUCCUUUUNAGAUUGGGAAUCUUAGNCAGUUACAAUAUCUUGAUCUUGGANNGAAUUAUCUAACAGGAGAAAUCCCAUUUCAACUUAGGAAUCUCAAGCGGCUACAAUGUCUUAAUCUUGCAGGGAACACUCUUUCUGGAGCUAUCCCUUUUCGGAAUGGGAAUCUUCCUCACUUACAAACUCUUGGGCUAGGUGGUGAUUUUUAUAUAGAAGCUGAAGAUUCACAGUGGUUGUCUAAUCUCCAUUCUUUAACAAGUCUUAAGUUGAGCUCAUUGCAUAAUCUCAGCUCCUCGCGCCAGUGGCUACAAGCCAUCAGUGAGCUAAUUCCAAACUUAGUAGAGUUGAGGCUUGUUGAUUGUUCUCUUUCAGAUACUAAUAUCAAAACUUUGUUUCGCUCUCAUUCCAACUUUUCAACUUCUCUUACUGUCCUUGAUUUGUCUUCUAAUGUGCUAACUUCCUCAACUUUUCAACUGUUAUUCAAUUUUAGCCUUCAUCUACAAGAGCUUUAUCUUAGCAAAAAUGACAUUNAAUUGUCAUCUUUUCUUUCACCAAAUUUUCCAUCUCUUAAUAUACUUGAUCUNUCGUGGAAUAAUCUAACAUCAUCAGUAUUUCAAGGAAAUUUUAAUUUUGGCUCCAAUCUACGAAAGCUUCUUCUGUAUAACUGCAGUCUUACAGAUCAAAGUUUUCCUAUUUCCUCUGCUUCCACAAUUAAUUCUUCAUCUUCUCUUGUCAUACUUGAUCUGUCCUCAAAUCUAUUAAAAUCAUCUAAUGUGUUUUACUGGCUUCUGAAUUGCACCACGAAUCUUCUGACCCUUGACCUCAAUGACAACUUGUUAGAAGGUCCCAUUCCAGAUGAAUUUGGAGAAGUAAUGAACUCUCUUGAAUAUUUUCAAGCCUCCUGGAACAGACUACAAGGUAGGAUUCCGUCUUUCUUUGGAAACAUGUGCAAAUUACAGAGCUUAUACCUUUCAAAUAACAAGUUUAAUGGGGAAAUUUCUCAUUUCUUUCAAAAUUCUUCAUGGUGCAACAGACACAUAUUUCAGAAUUUGGAUUUAUCUUAUAACCAAAUUACUGGCAAGAUACCUGAAAGCAUUAGAUUGUUAUCCGAGUUAGAGGAUUUAUACUUGGGGCAAAAUUCUUUAGAGGGUGAUGUCACUGAAUCUCAUCUUUCUAGUUUUUCCAAAUUAUAUGACUUAGACUUGUCACAUAACUCAUUGUCUGUGAAAUUUCUCUCUAGUUGGGUUCCUCCUUUUCAAGUAAAAACAUUGAGUUUAACAUCUUGCAAGCUAGGUCCGAGUUUUCCUGGUUGGCUCCAAACACAAAAUUCCUUAAUGUGGAUAGAUAUAUCUGAUAAUGAGCUCAGUGAUUCUGUACCAGCAUGGUUUUGGAACAAAUUGCAAAAUUUGGAAUGGUUAAACAUGUCUCACAAUAAUCUCAGUGGUGCAAUUCCUGAUAUACCAUUAAAGCUUCCUCAUAGACCAUCUAUAAUUCUGUAUUCAAAUCAAUUUGAGGGCGCACUCCCACCAUUUUUGCUGCAAGCUUCAGGGCUGUUCCUCUCUAAAAAUACAAUUUCUGAUUUGUAUUCUUUCUUAUGUAACCAAAUCAUUGCUUCGAAUUUGGCAACUUUAGAUUUAUCGAACAAUCACAUAACGGGACAAAUUCCUGAUUGUUGGCAACCUUUACACCAAUUACUAUUUCUUGAUUUGAGCGAGAAUAAGUUGUCUGGCAAUAUUCCCAUCUCCAUGGGUAAACUUGUUAAAUUAAAAGCAUUGGUUUUACGAAAGAAUAAUUUAACAGGUGGCCUGCAUUCCAGUUUGAAGAAUUGCACUAAUUUAAUUAUGCUGGAUGUGAGUGAAAAUAAUUUGUCUUGUCGAAUACCAUCAUGGAUUGGAGAAAGUAUGCAACAAUUGAGAAUCUUGAACAUGAAAGGGAAUCACUUCUCAUCAAAUUUUCCUAUUCAACUUUGCUAUUUAAGGUAUAUUCAAUUGUUAGAUCUCUCCAGGAAUAAAUUAUCAAAAGCAAUUCCAACAUGCAUAAAGAAUUUUACAGCCAUGUCUGAAAAGAGCAUCAACAGAACUGAAACUCAGGACCUUAUAUAUGGGUAUAAUAUUACUUAUAUGGAAAUCUACGGUCUCUCCGCGCCUUCUAACUACAGGUUUGACGUAACGUGGAUGUGGAAAGGUGUGGAACAGGUGUUCAGAGAUCCCGAAAUGAAACUUAAGAGUAUUGAUCUCUCAUGUAAUGAUUUAAGUGGUGAAAUACCAAAAGAGGUUGCGUGUUUGGUUGGGCUGGUUUCUUUAAAUUUAUCAUCAAACAAUUUGAGUGGAGAAAUUCCUUUUGGGAUUGGAAAUUUAAGUUCACUUGAAUCUCUUGACUUGUCAAGAAAUCAUUUGCAUGGGAGAAUUCCUUCUUCUCUUUCUCAACUUGAUUUCUUAGGAAAACUGAACUUGUCUUAUAACGCUCUUUCUGGAAGAAUUCCAUUGGGAAGACAUUUGCAGACGUUUGAAGCCUCUAGUUUUGAAGGAAAUAUCCAUCUUUGUGGUGAACAACUCAACAAAAGUUGUCCUGGAGAUCAUACAACAGCAAAGCCAGAAGAAGCAGGAGGAGGGGAUGGAAAUGAUUCUGUUUUCUAUGAAGCAUUAUACAUGAGCAUGGGCCUAGGAUUCUUCGUAGGAUUUUGGGGCUUAAUAGGGCCCAUUCUGAUAUGGAAACCUUGGAGAAUUGCUUACCUAAGAUUCUUGAACAGAUUGACAACUGAGAUACAGCUAUGAUGAAUAUGCAAAAUUUAUGCCAAUGGCUCAAAGCUUGGGUAGCAGUUUGGGAGAAGAUACAUGCUUACUGCUCGAACCAAAGCUCGUGCUGGUCAGUUAUACACCCAGUUUCGCACCAUGAAGAAAGGAAAGGUUUGCUAAGUGUAGGAACUUAGGAAAUUGAGGACAGAGAGCAUCCCAAAAAGUGGCUCUAGACACUGAGCGGAUCAUAGAAACAAUGAGCACAAGCAAUCAAAUGAUGGUUACUUGUUUGGAAUAUAUAUGUUUAGGUAUAUGCUAUUUCCAAAUCUUGAUUUAGUUUAUGUUUAUUGCUUCAAAGUAGAGGAAUCUAUGAUCUUGACUUUAGAUUUCGAAUGCUUGGAAAAUAUCUUCCUUUUCUGAAUUAAGCUAAUUCAUACAAAUGCUGCAGCUUAACAUCAAACAUGAUGUUCUUUGUUAUAAGUGUUAAAUUCUUAAUGCAAGAAUCAAAUGUUAUCAA